AUGUCCCCACAGGUAGUGGAACAAUUUUCUCUUGCUCGUUUGAAGGGCCUUUUGCAACAGGCUCGUGAGGUUCUUGAAGAGUAUGAAAAGAACAGCACAUUGGCUUCAAGGUGCAGCUCCGUUCUCAAGUUGAUCCAAGAAAAUAUUGACAUACGUGUUUCUGGGACGGAUUACGCUGCCGGAGAAGUUUCGCAAGAGGCAACCAACCAUGACAACAUAAUGAUUCAAGAUAUUACCAUGGAACGGCAAGAGCCUCAAAAUUAUCUAGAUAACUUGGCCUGGCUCGACAAUUAUUCGUUUGAUUGGAACGAUUGGCCUUUGUUUUUUGCACAGCUGGACGAGGAAACCAGUACAGCUGAAAGAUGGGGAAUGCAAGCUCAGGUCCGAUUAACUGAAUACAUCAGACCUUUCAUUUUUAUCCAGAAGAUGUGCUGA